GUACGGGACGUCCAUCUGGAUUCGAUCACGGAUGAGCUGUUGGUAUUCCUGACCCAGUUGUUGGAUGAUCUGCCCUUGGACAUCCUCUUGCGCUGUGACGAGAAGCCGGAAACGACCAAGCUCACUUGACACUCGUACCUUGACGCCACUCCUCCUGUGGUCCACGUGCACGGAUCUUGACAAGGAUAACUGCCGCUAUCCUUCCCAGGGCAAGUACCUGGUCAUCGACGCUACUGAUCUUUCCGUGUGGGACCCUCUCAUCCGGCGGGUGAACGUAGGAGAAACCAGCGAGGAAGCCAGAGAGGAGAAAGAGGGAGAAGAAGCAGUCGUGGAAGAGGUCCAGGAGGACGAUCAUCUUCAAUACUCGGAAGGACAGGAAACGCUGGAGGAGGAAGAAUCGAAGAGUGGGUCGGACGAUCCCGAUUAUCACGGGUCGGAAGACGUUGAGUCGGUAGAGGCCGACUCGGGAGAAGAAGACGUUGAGUCGAAAGACUCCGGCUCGAGACGGGAGGAUUCUGAGGAGGGAAAAGGCGGAUCGGGUGAGUCAAGUGGUCCUGCCGAGCUGAACAAAGAGGAGGAAGAGGUUGUAGCGCAGAGAAGACAGGACGCGGCGGAAGGCAAGCGGUCGAUCGAGGAAUCAGAAAGGCCGCCAUCGAAACUGCUGCAGGGCGAUCCGAUGCUUAAUCCAGAGCCGCCGCGAGAAGAGAUCGAGAGAGAUGGAGGCGCCGCCACAGAGGGAUCGGGAAGCCGACGCCGCCGAAGAAGUGAAUCGCCGACUCAAUCCUCUCCACCAUCGCGGACCACCGUUCGCCUACGUCGAGAUGCGGGCGCUCAGGCUUUGUCCCCGAUCAUUAUCUCGUCGUCCCCGUGAUUUCCUCACCCUUCAACAGUUGAUAGGCCGACCCCCAUUCCCCG